AUGGCCGCACCUGUCCACCCCCAGCUCUCCUCGCUCGCCAUUCCCAGCCCCAACUCAACCACCUACGAAGCUGAUAUCGCAGCUGUGGUGGCUUAUGCUCGUUCUCACCCCGCUCCAGUCACCGCUAUGGACACCACCAUUGCUGCUGCUCCUGUGAAAGAGUGCGGCGCCUACACUAGGAUGGGGGAUAACUCUGGUACACUCACGUACACUAGCGAGGUCUGUAAGGACACGGCGGGGUUUGAGCAUAUGGAAGAUUUUUUCAACUGGUACUGCGACUUGUGUAUUGUCUUCGACGGUACUGCUUGUCAAGGCGCUAUUCGCUGGAAUGGUACACGAACGCAUCGCGGUUAUGACGAUAAGCACCAUGUCCAUGGUGCUCAGAGUUAUUUCUGCAACUAG